AUGCAUAUUUCGUAUUGCGAUUUUGGACGCGAUGGCCGGCUUGUUGUUGGUCUGGUCGUCGAUGCCGGUCAUAUUUUUGUAGGAGUCGUCGCUCAUGGCGAUGGCCAGCUGGUGCGACGUUUGGUUAUAGGCCAGGGCCACAAUGCUCAUCUCGAAGUUGGCGUACUGUUUGACCCGUUUCUUCGACUUGUAGUCCCACAGACAAACGGAUCUGUCCGAGCCGGCGGUGAAGAACUUAGAUUCCGUGUCGUACAGCUCCAGACAGUUGACGGGGUUGACCAGGUCGAUGUCCUCGUUCUCCACAACGAGUUUCUGACGGUGGCAUUUGAACGCGUAGCUAUUUUCCGUGUCCUGGAACAGGUCCAGCGACACUUUCCCCUCGAUCGAGCUCUGCAGGAACCCGGCGCCACUUGGAAGGAACUUGAUCUGUGUUGUUUGGAAGCGGAACCCGUUUUCCAGCUCGCUGGCAGGCUGGUCAAGUUUGCGGAAGUCGUAGAUCUGGAUCUGUCGACUGGAUAG